CUAAAUGCGGAAGUUGGACCAUGAGCUUCUGAAGCUGCUGCUGUUCCCUUGUCCCUCUGAAUGAAGAUUGAGCUUCACCCCAGACUGUAACUUCCCUGCUCUGUCCAAUAUCUGGACAGCUGGAAAAUGAGAAGCCUUCAAAAUGAGAGAACGCGAGUCCAGAGACGGCAUAUUCCUGUCAGGGUGAAAGGAAAGGCUGAGUAUUUGAAGAUCUGAAGACAGAAGUUCCCAAAUCAACAGAUGAAGGGCUUAGGCCCGAAACAUCGACUCUCCUGAUCCUCGGAUGCUGUCUGAGCCACUGUGCUUUUCCAGUGCCGCAUGCUCCAUCUGCAGUCCUCGCUUUCAUGUCAAUGACGGUCACUCAAUCCAUUGGGACCGCAACAAUUUUCAGCUAUGAUUCUGUGAGAAGGGGCAAAGCUCUUUGGUUCCUGUUUCAGUCAUUUUUCAGCAUCGGUGGGACUGGAUGAGACAGUCGUACUGUUCCAGCGCACUGAGUGUGGAGCCUGAAACGGUUAUACGGCCUGGAAAGAGGAAUUCACGGCGAGGAGGGACUGUACGCACGUUUGUGUGCGGCCGAAGCUUCAGCCAUGGAGAAACCCGAGGAAUCCCACCCCCUGGAGAAACCGUGGAAGUGUGGUGACUGCGGGAAAGGCUUCUCUUUCCCAUCUCUCCUGGAGACCCAUCGGCGCAGUCACACCGGGGAGAGGCCGUUCUCCUGCCCCGAAUGCGGGAAGGGCUUCACUCGCUCCUUCCACCUGCUGAGACACCGGCCGGUCCACACUGGGGAGAGGCCCUUCAGCUGCCCCGAGUGCGGGAAGGGCUUUACCCGCUCCUCCACCCUGCUGGCCCACCAGCAGGUCCACGCUGGCGAGGGGCACUUCAUCUGCUCCGACUGCGGGAAGGGCUUUACCUGUUCCUCUAUCCUGCUGGCCCACCGGCGGGUCCACACCGGGGAGAGUCCCUUCAGCUGCCCCGAGUGCGGGAAGGGCUUCAACCGCUUCUCCCACCUCCAGACCCACCGGCGGGUCCACACCGGGGAGAGGCCCUUCAUUUGUCCCGAGUGCGGCAAGUCCUUCAGCCAUUCCUCCACCCUGAUGACCCACCAGCUGGUCCACACCGGGGAGAGGCCGUUCACCUGCUCCGUGUGUGGGAAGGGAUUCACACAGUCGAGCCACCUGCGUUUGCACCAGCGGGUCCACACCGGGGAGAAGCCAUUCGCCUGCUCGGUGUGCGGGAACGCUUUCCGUGACUCGGGCAGCCUUCAGAAGCACCGGCGAUUCCACACGCGGGAGAAGCCGUUCACCUGCUCUGUGUGCGGGAAGGGAUUCGGUCAGUCGUCCAGCUUACGCAGACACCAGAGCAGCCACACCGAGGACAGGCCUUACAAAUGCUCCGACUGCGGGGCUGCUUUCAAGAGCUCCUGGGACCUGAUGCUGCACCAGCGCAUCCACACUGAGGAGAGGCCGUUCGGCUGCUCCCACUGCGCCAAGAGGUUUAAAACGUCGUCUGAGCAGCAGCGGCAUCAGCGGGUUCACACUGGGGAGCGGCCGUCCGUCUGCCCCGUCUGCGGGAAGGGCUUCGUUCAGUCCUCCGGCCUGCAGAGGCACCGGCGGGUCCACACCGGGGAGAGGCCGUUCACCUGCUCCGUCUGCGGGAAGGCCUUCACCCAGUCCACCAACCUGCGGACCCACCAGCGCAUUCACACCGGGGAGAGGCCGUUCUCCUGCUCCGAGUGUGGGAAAGGAUUCACUCAGCUGUCCAACAUGGUGUCGCACCAGCGCGUUCACAAGUGA